CACUGAGCCCCGCUGCCUGCAGGAGCCGCUUUAUAAAGAGCUAAAUUUACCGAACUUUACGUUGUUUCCUGAACUCUCACAAUUGGCCAGCGGUCCUCGGGUUAGAGAGUUAUAAAGUUUGGAGGACCUCCUUCCACUUUUAAACUUGUUCAUGACUUUGGAGCGCAGCUGCGGAGAGGCGACAGUGAAAUAGACGCACAGAAUCUGGUGCGGCUGCCGCUCAACACAACGCGACUUUGACAAGAGAUAGUUAUUAUUUUCUACCAAACGAUGGCCUUAUCCGGAGUGAUGCUACCGUCUUUUGCAACAUUCACAAACCAAAGAGAAAAAACCUGGGAAAACAGGUGGAAAGGAGAGAUGGACAAACUAGUCUCCACCAGCUGCUCCAUGCUUGAAAUGGUACAAAACCUGGACAAUCACAGCAAAAAGGACGACGAGGAUCUGAGUAAUUAUUUGGAUCUGGAUUUUAUUCUCGCCAACACAACUGGCUCAGACAGCGCGGCGGAAUUUGUGAGCACAGUUGACCCCAACAUGUACACGACGGGAAACUCUGUGCCAUCCUACCAAGCAGACGACCACCGUUCCCCGCCGCCCCCGUACGGCGCCAGCCUCAUGACAGAGCUUCUCCGCUCCGAAGGAACCAGCACCUAUGGCAUUACGCGCAACCCCUGCGUCCAGGGGAGAUUUUAUGUAAACACGGCGCAUUUUCCCCGCCAGGAGAUCAAAGUGGAGCCACACAUGGACGGCUACGGCCCCGUUAUGGGCAUGGUGCCCCAGAGCUGCAGCAAGAUCAAACAAGAAGGGAACGUUUCAUGCAUGAUGUCCUUCGAGCAGCCCCGGGUGGCCAUCUCUCCGCGGGCAGCCAGCAACAUGACCCCGCCUCUCAGCCCCGAUGACCAGGGAGCUUCGGACUGCCAGGCACAGCUGUGCCAGCCCAUGAACUUUCCACACAAGUAUCACACACAGACGGCUUUCCCGCACCACCCUCAGGCUCCCCAGAUGCAAAUGCCCUACCACGCUCCGCAUACUGCCUUUGGCAUGUAUGAUGAAGGUCUCAGCCUGCAGCCAGGUGCGCAGAGGGUGAUGCUCACGCCGCCCUCCUCUCCCCUCGAGCUGUUGGAGUCCAAACCAAAGAGAGGACGUCGUACAUGGCCGCGGAAGCGCACAGCGACGCACACCUGCACCUUCGCUGGCUGCGGAAAAACCUACACCAAGAGUUCACACCUGAAGGCACAUCUCCGAACUCACACCGGUGAGAAGCCAUACCACUGCAGCUGGGAAGGCUGUGGAUGGAAAUUCGCCCGCUCUGAUGAGCUGACCCGUCAUUUCCGCAAACACACCGGACACAGGCCCUUCCAGUGCCACCUGUGCGAACGCGCCUUCUCCAGGUCUGACCACCUGGCACUUCACAUGAAGAGACACAUGUGAAGGAGCCCUUAAAAGGACUUGGGGUUCAUGGAAGGGGUUGUUAUUAUUUGUGAUUCAACUGAUGUAAUGUUUAUUUAAAUUGUUGUCCACAUGACCAAAGUCUUUUUUUUUUUUAUAUAAUAUUGAAUUAAAAAAGUUUUAGUGUUAUUAUUUUCUAAUAACGUAGCUGGUACUACUUUGGUUCAAUACAAGCUUUAGAAAAGCUUUGUUUGCUUUAGAGCAGGCAGACCAAGAAGGGGCUGGCCCUGUAUAUACUACUCUUCUCUGACAGAACUGGAACGCUGUGUUUGACACAAAAGUGCCUUUCUAUGACUGUGCUACUGUAAAACUCUUAGUGACAAAACGACAUGGCCACAAAACAGUACAUGUUCUUCUCGACAGGGGUGUAAUGCACAUACAGUUGCCUAACAUGUGCAGAGACAAUGUUUUAUUUAAACUGCCUCACAAUGUCUGAACGGCCUGAACUGCUUUAUUUUAUUGCUUUCUUCCUAUUUGGAGUUGAUGUUGUCUCCUCUUGUGUGAAACUCUUGGAUCCAGCCCCUCUGUUCACUAUCAGGGCUUGACGUCCUGUGCAUUAUUUUUCACUUAAAUUUAUAUAAAUAUGUACAUGGUUUUAUACUGUAAAAUGUAUAUUUAUUGUAAAUAUUAAAAACAAUGAAAUUGAA